CUUUAUUGUUUUCCCUCUACUUCCUCAUCUUCUUGUUUAUGCAUAUCCAAGACUCUCCGGUAAUGAAAGAGAUCUCACGGCAGAGUAAGAAGACUUCCGCUGAGGAUAAAACCACAGAUGAGUCAUCAGCAUCAUCAGUAGUCGCUAAAACUAAAAGAAAACGCCGAUCACAGCCGCGAGACGCUCCUCCACAACGCAGCUCCAUGUAUAGAGGAGUCACCAGGCAUAGAUGGACCGGAAGGUAUGAAGCGCACUUGUGGGACAAGAACUGUUGGAACGAGACACAGAGCAAGAAAGGAAGACAAGUAUAUUUAGGUGCGUAUGACGAGGAAGAUGCAGCAGCACGUGCCUACGACUUAGCAGCAUUGAAAUAUUGGGGACGAGACACAGUCUUGAACUUCCCUCUAUGUAAUUAUGAAGAAGACAUCAAAGACAUGGAAAGCCAGUCGAAAGAAGAGUACAUUGGAUCUUUGAGAAGGAAAAGUAGUGGGUUUUCACGUGGUGUGUCAAAAUACAGAGGCGUUGCAAAGCAUCACCAUAAUGGGAGAUGGGAAGCUCGAAUUGGAAGAGUGUUUGGCAAUAAGUAUUUAUACCUCGGAACUUAUGCUACACAAGAAGAAGCGGCCAUUGCGUAUGACGUGGCAGCAAUAGAGUACCGUGGACUUAACGCCGUCACUAACUUCGACAUAAGCCGUUAUCUCAAAUUACCGGCGACGGAGAACCCAAUCGACGCCGCGAAUACUCUCCCGCUCCCUGAUCCCAUCCCCUUCAUAAACCCUGACCACGAGUCGGCACUGUCGCUGAGCCAAUCCUCCUCCGACGACAACGAUGACCGGAAAACAAAGUUCCUAAAGUCGUCGCCUUUCUCGAACGCAGAGGAGGUGAUCGGUCCAUCGACGCCGCCGGAGAUCGCUCCGUCUUUCCGGAGCUUCCCGGACGAUAUUCAGACGUAUUUCGGGUGUCAAGACUCCGGGAAGGUUGAUGAUGACGUCAUCUUCGGUGGUUUAGAUUCGUUCCUGACGCCUGAUUUCUACAGCGAGUUUAAUGAUUGCUAAAAAAAAUUGGAUUUUGAUAAGUUUUGUUUUUUGGUAAUUCUUUUUUUUUUUGUGACAAUCUUAUAUAAUAAAGUUUGAAUCUUUUUUUAUCACUU